AUGGAGACUGCCUCAUACAGCCCUUCCCUUGACACCAUCAAAAUGCAAGUGUAUUUUGAUGUGAGUUACACUUCUAAACGGGAGUUCCUUAAGGAAAUUAACUGGAUGCUGGAGUCCAGACUAAACCAAGUGAGCAGAGACAUCACUGAAAGUAAGAUGAAGACAAAAGAGCAAUUUGAUGCCCUUUAUCGCAAAAUCAUUAAUUACAUCCUGCUCGGCUCUGGCAUGGGCUCACCUUCUGAUGUCAGCUCUGUGCAAGAGGCUACAGCUGCCUUGCAGAGCAUCUUUCCAUUGAAUGAACUGGGAACUUUUAUGGUGCUCUCAAAGAAAGAGAAGGAGCAACAGCUUUCUGAGCUCACCAUGACUGUCACAGGAAUUCGACUCUUCAACAAAGCCACCAAGAAAGAACAAGAGAUGGACCUUACCGAACUAAUACCUGCUGUUCUCUGCGAAGCACUUUCGAUCACCAAUGAAGCCAUUGAGAAUGAGAUGGGUGUCUCCCAGCGAUUGGCGUGGAACUACACGGCACUGUUAGAAAAAUAUAAUGGCAGUCAACUCAGCGAAUACGAUGUGUCCUUGACUCGACUAACACAGGCACUCUAUAAUGUCAGGCAGCAUGAGAUUUUUCUUCAAAUAUUACUGGCUGAUUCACGCGUAUGUGCAAAAAGAAUUGAAAUCUUGAAGAAGGACAUCUGCUCACAGAUAAAUCUGCUGAAAACUUCAGUGCAGCCCAAGACAGCUGUACUCUCAUCGAAGGUUUUUCCAUUGUUCCAGGCCCUGGCAAAACUGUGGUCGGAGCUUCAGGAUGAGGCAGAAUUACUAAAUAUCUUCAACAACAUUGCUUUCAAAUUGCAGUUCUUCCGUACCUCUGAGGACACCAUUUUUUCCAAAGAUCUUUUGGACAACCUAUUGGAGGGAAUAGAAGUCAAAACAGACAAAGAAAGACUGAACGAGCACUCAAGUGACCGUAUUGAUCCAGGACAUAUGAAACAACAUGAAUGGCUCCAGCCAGAACCUACCACCAAUCUCACUGAGCUCCCAUUACAGUAUAAUGGAUUUUGUGGCUACACGCUUGUUCACAAAGAUGGACUUAUUCUUCCAGGAAAUCCAUGCAUCGGCGUGCUCAAGCACAAGGCGAAACUAUAUGUCUUCAAUUCCAAAGAAGCUGCAUUUCAAUUUGCCCACAACCCUGAUUACUUCAUUGCACUGGUCGAAGAAAAAGCCAAGAGUUUACCUGAAUUGAUGAAACUCCUCAAGCUCCAUCAAACUCCAUCUUGUGUGCAACCAGGAAAGCCUUCACUUGGGAGUCAGUCUGAGAGCUGCACUCAAACAGAUCUUCAUCCAUUGGUGACAAACAUGGUCAAGUCAUAUGAAUGGAACGAGUGGGAACUGCGAAGGUCAGCUAUCAAACUGGCUGAUCUUCAGACAACAGUCACCCACUCAUCUCAGACCCACCUGAGCCAUAUGAGACGGGAAAAUGAAACUCAAACUUGGCUCCCCAAGGAAGUUGGUUGUCAAUGCAAAAGAGAUGGUGAAACAGGUGUGCCCAGACCUCAGAUAUUCCUGGCAGGGCUGAGAGGAUGUAGAGAUGGACGUAUGGAGAAAGUAAACCUGACUAGAUCUAUUCAUGAAUAA